UGACCGCAGCUGUCCUGCAGGUAAGGAUGCAGCAUUUGGCGGUGUGUGCGCUCAUGGUGAUGGCGGCGGGGUGUGAAUCUCUCAGGGCUGGCCGAUGUGCUAGUCAUGGCCCUGCGGUGGUCACCACUACUCAAGGCAAGGUGGCCGGCAUAAUGGAGAAGUCUACCAAGGGCAAGAGUUUUUGGUCCUACUACGGAAUACCCUACGCUAAACCACCUAUUGGCCAGCUCCGACUCAGGGACCCGCUGCCUGCAGAACCCUGGGGAGGCCUUAGGAACGGGUCUGAGGUGUCACAGCCUUGCCUUCAGGUACCCUUCUUUGUGGCUGUUGCAGGGAUCAGGUUACCACCACAGCAGCUGGUGGGCACCGAGGAUUGUCUCUACCUCAACGUCUUCACACCCACGCAGUUGACGUCGAUUAAGGAGUUGCCGGUUAUGGUGUUUAUACCUGGAGGCGGCUUCUUCGCUGGAGGCAAUUUGGAGUACCUACCACACGUCCUCCUCAACCAUGACAUUAUUCUGGUCGUCCUCCAGUACAGGCUUGGGAUCUUGGGAUUCUUGUCGACGGAGGAUUAUAUUGUUCCUGGAAACUUGGGACUGAAGGAUCAGACAUUGGCGCUCCAAUGGGUACAGAACAAUAUUCACAGCUUCGGUGGAGAUCCUAAUUCUGUUACUAUCUUUGGCGAGAGUGCUGGAGGGGCUUCGGUGCAUUACCACAUCCUGAGUCCAAAAUCACGAGGAACUCGGUCAGGUAGUGGAGAAAAAGAAUGGAGCAUCACGCCCCUUCCAUUGGGACCACGUGUGGACGGGGACUUCAUCCCGGCUCACCCAGCACUGCUGAUAAGAGACCAUCAAUAUAACCCUGUGGACAUCCUUACUGGUACUACGGCUCACGAAGGCCUUCUCGUCGGUUAUCCUCUCUUUGGUCAGACUAAUCUUCAAGAGUCACUCCUGAAAAAUUUCUCGUACGUUGGUCCUUUGAGUCUUAUGUGCUGUGAUGGCUCUACUGACCCUCUGACUAUUACCCAAAGAGUCUAUACCUAUUAUCUCGGAGGAUUGAACUUCAGUCUUGAGACACAGAAAGACCAGAUAAUUCGGUCUCGUGACUUCCUGAGUUCGCUGCCCACUGUACAGAACUUCAUCCUGUUCCCAGACAAGGUGACAUCAGCCUCCAGUAGAUCACUGCCGCCACCGCAGGUCUAUUAUUAG